AUGGAAAUAAUAAAAACAGCAACUGAACGUGCAACGGCAAUGUCGAAAACUUACGCAAAGGAGGCGGAAGAAGUGAAAAAUAAAAUCAAAACAUCUAUGCGGUGUUUCGCUAAAGCUGUAGAAGAACACGAAGAGUAUCUUUUGCAAAAACUUGAAGGAAUGCGACAGACGAGGAUGAAAGAAUUGUCUGACCAUACAAAAGCGUUGCGUGGUAUGCUCGAAAGUUUAACUCGAACUAACGACAAAUUAGUGCAAAGUAUGCGUUCAGAUGGCGUGGAGUUAUUUAUAGCCAAAGAAAACGGCAGAUCUGAAGUGGAUAACAUUUCAUCUUUGUUCGAAAAUAUGAAUAUUAAGGAGGAGAGAAUCGGCUUUAUUCCACAUGAUCAAUACUUAAUAGAACAAUUAAAACGACAAAUUGUUGUACAGCCAAUUUCUACGAGGUCCAAUCUAUUACUUGAUUACACCUUAAAUCACAAAAGUCACCAAUCUUGUAGAUGCUAUAUUUGCGGACAGCUCAGUGGCACCCCCCCUUCAGAUCACAAUGUGGCAAGCACCAGCAGCAUGAGACCGCAGCCACGGUUUUAUUUGAGUAUUAGACCUGCCAAUUAUUAUCAUUACGGCAAUCCUCAAUCAUCGAUUUUAACUAAUGUUCCCCAUGAUGUAAAUCGAGAAGGUUCCGGAAUUGAUACAUCGGGUAAUGUGACCGAUUACUAUAAUCCGAUGUUUUAUCAAAUUCAGUGA